AAAUAACACUAUACAACGUUUUUCGUUUUAUUCCGCGGUUGCCUAGAGUUGUGAAGAAGCUACUUGCUAUUUUUGAUCGCCGAACAGUGCAUUUUGCCGGUGAUUCGAUUGCAGAUUUUACGUUUCCCGCGUACUCUGAGAUAACUUUUCGUUAUUCGCACCGUUCGGCAGGGCACAUUGCAAUUCUAACCUUACACACUACGUGCAUCAUCAACGACAAACUACAAAAUGUCUAUAAUUCCUCCAGUCGUUUGGGCACAACGUAACACUGAAGUAUAUGUAACUAUAUGUGUAGAAGAUAGCAAAAAUCCAGAUAUUAAAGUCGAACCUGAACAAAUAGUUUUCUCUUCUGUUGCUGGCUUUGAAAGUACAAAGAAAUACGAUGUUACCAUACCAUUGUAUGCACCAAUAGAACCUGAAAAUAGCAAAGUAACAGUUGGUGGUAGAUACAUUGAACUGGUUUUGCAAAAGCCAUCUACUGACACAAAAUAUUGGCCGCACUUAACCAAAGAGAAAAAGAAAUACCACUGGUUAAAAGUUGACUUUAAGAAAUGGAAAGAUGAAGAUGAUUCAGAGGAUGAGACUGCAUCAGGUCCUGGUGGAGUUGGUGGAGAUGGAAACAUUGAUGAUAUGCUCAGUAUGAUGGGCGGUGGCGGUGGUCCUAAAUUUGGAGGAUUAGGAGGAGGUUUAGGUGGAGAUUAUAAUGUACCUUCUGAUGAGGAUUCAGAUGAUGAAGAAAUGCCUGAACUUGAUGACAUAGAAAGUGAAACUGCGGGUAAAGGUAAAGAGAAGAGCGAAGAAACCCUGCCUAACCUUGAAGAAGUAAAACCGGCAACAACUGCCUAAUCUCUACUAUUGUCAUUAUCUCAUUCUUCCGAAUUUUUGUUCACAUAAUAAUACGGUUUAAUUUAAAUGAUUUUGUAUAUGUAAAUUUUACAUCAAUCGAACAUAAUUGUGCUCUAGUGUGUGCAUUAACAUUUUUCAUUCAGUUUAAAUGCGUAUUAUUGUUCACUUUGCCUGAUUUAUUUGUGAAAACAUCGUUGAAACUUGAAUUUUCUUCUCCCCAUUCCUUUUUGCACUAUUAGAAAUAAAAUUCCUGAAUUUUGUCAUA